CUAUUGCAAUGCGGUGGCGCUCCACGGAUCCUUCCCCGGUCUGGUGUCGGCUGCUCGGGGAUAAAGCAGAGCGCUAUUUGGUCAUGUGAUUCCUGUUUUUUUUUUUCCUCCUCUUUUUCCUCCUUCGAAGUUGAAAGGCAGGAGCAGAGCGGUGUGGAGGGGGCCCAGCUUUGCCUUCCUACUUGCCGUGGAUGCAGCGUUUUCGUCUCUUUCCAAGCCACGUUUUUGUUUAUUUCUCGCUCCGUGUGACAUUUUCACCCCCGACACUUGCUUCGCGAUGGCGGGGGCUAUUAUAGAGAACAUGAGCACCAAAAAGUUGGUGAUAGUGGGAGUUAUUCUGCUCUUGUUCCAGGCGCUCGCCUUCAUGGUGGGCGGUUUAAUUGCUCCCAGCCCCACUACAGCGGUCCACUACUUGGCCACCAAGUGUGUGGACACGAUCAAGCACCGGCAGGAGUCCAAGUGGUUCAUGCCUUGGGGUCCCAACCAGUGCGACAAGAUCCGGUCCUUCGACGAGGCCAUGGCCAAGAAGAUCGAGGCCAACAACAUCGUGUUCGCUGUCCACAUCCCUAUGCCCAACAAAGAGAUGAGCGCGUGGUUCCAGUUCAUGGUCGUCAUCUUGCAGUUUGACAUCGCGUUCAAGCUGCACAACCAAAUAGACGAUGGAGCGUUGGUCACCAUUGACGUGGGCCUGGCCUACAGAGACGACACGGUCAGCGAAUGGACGGAGAUGGCUCAUUCUUUUGAACAGAGGAAGCUGAAUUGUAACUUCACUACUGACAAGACCUUUGAGAACGAGGGCCGUUACUACGAGUGUGACUUGCUGCCCUUCAUGGAGGUCGGGAGCGUCGGCCACAAGUACUAUCUCCUGAACAUCCGCCUGCCUGUCAAUGAGCGCAAGAAGGUCAACGUCGGGAUCGGGGAGAUCAAAGACAUUCGUCUCGUUAGCAUCCAUCAGAACGGAGGCUUCACCAAAGUUUGGUUCGCCAUGAAGACGUUUCUCACCCCCAGCAUCCUCAUCAUCAUGAUCUGGUACUGGAGACGCAUCACCCUGAUGAGCAGGCCUCCCGUCCUGCUGGAGAAGGUAAUCCUCGCUCUGGGCAUCUCCAUGACGUUCAUCAACAUCCCAGUGGAGUGGUUCUCCGUCGGCUUCAACUGGACCUGGAUGCUGCUUUUCGGAGACAUCAGGCAGGGCAUCUUCUACUCCAUGCUGCUCUCCUUCUGGAUCAUCUUCUGCGGGGAGCACCUCAUGGAGACAGAGUUCUUUGAGGCAUGGUAUCUGGGCGGAGGACAACUGGAGAUGUGUGACAUCUGUGUACCGGCCUUCAAAAACCUCCUUGGCCUUCAUCCCGCAAAUAAGUCGCAGGACCAGACGGAGAGGAACCGUUUCUCAGUCUACUGGAAGCAGGUCGGACCCAUCGUGUUUGGCUCCUUCUGCCUCUUUAUCUUUGACAUGUGUGAGAGAGGUGUCCAGCUGACAAAUCCCUUCUACAGCAUCUGGGCGUCUGAUGUUGGGACUGAACUGGCUAUGGCAUUCAUCAUUGUGGCAGGAAUCUGCGCCUGUCUGUACUUUCUCUUCCUCUGCUUCAUGGUUUUUCAAGUCUUCCGCAAUAUCAGCGGAAAGAGGAUGUCCCUGCCUGCCAUGUCAAAAGCCAGACGUCUGCAUUACGAGGGUCUCAUUUUCAGGUUCAAGUUCCUCAUGCUGGUCACUCUAACCUGUGCUGCCAUGACUGUCAUCUUCUUCAUCAUCAGUCAGGUGAAUGAGGGCCACUGGCACUGGGGGGAGCACACGGUCCAGGUGAACAGCGCCUUCUUCACUGGCAUCUACGGCAUGUGGAACCUGUACGUCUUCGCCAUCAUGUUCCUCUACGCGCCGUCCCACAAACGUUACGGAGACGAGCAGUCGAGUGGUCAGUGCAUCACCGGUGACGCUGGAGCCAACAGUGGAGAGGACAUCCAGCUGACCACUACCAUCACCCACGUCGAUGGCCCUACUGAGAUCUAUAAGAUGGCUGGCAAAGAGGCCCAGGAAUAGAUUUAACACUGUCACUGAGACUCCCAUCUACUACCUACUGCUCCAGAUAUAUAUGUGUAAUCAAGCAGGCUUUUCUCUUAAUGUCCCUUGGCCCCUAAAAUGGCUUCAACGAUCCACCUUGCAUGCAACUACCAGUCCCACGGUUGCUGCCCUCUCUCUCGCACCAAACCCUGAGCUUGUUUACAUGCCUUUCUGUUCCCAAAGUCUCUAUUGUAAAGGCUGAAUGUCAACACUCCUAUCAGUCCUCCCCAUUUCAUUGUGAAAUUUCUUGCAUUUCAUACUUACGUAAACUAUGUUGUGUUUGUAAAUGUUGCACAAUGCAUUUUACUCCAAGUCAGGUACUGGAAAUCCGCUUCAUAAAGAGAUCUGAGCGUAAAGAGAAGCAUUUCUUGAUGGUAGAAGUUGCAUUUAGCAGCCGUCACACUCUUCUUUUUCGAGUGCAGAGCUUAAGCGGUGUCGUUUGUGACAAUGAUGGACAGCAGGACGUUUUAGCCACUUGGUUUCAUGAUAUUCUCUUUCAAGGCCUUCAGACCUGUCAUAAAAAACGUAGAUCAUGGUGGAGUACUGCUGUCACUCUUAGUCUUUCAAGUUCUUUUUUUUUAUAUAUAUAUAUAUCACUGGGGGAAAUGUACAGACCACAUAGCCACUUUGGGAAAUCCAUACUGUACGUUCAUCAUGUUACAAUGUAGAUAUCUAUUUUUUAUAAAGUGCUCGUCUUCAGCUUCACAAAAUGUACCAAGCGUCAAGCUCCAUCAAUAUUUUUGAAGUUGACUGUAGCCUAUUACACAUGGUUUUUAGUUUAGUUUCUUUUCUUUUUAUGCUAAUUUAAAUAAAAAACUUUUACUUAA